AUGGUCUAUGCUGCGGUUGAAUCUUUUGCACUGGAUGGUCUUAUGGAUGCAGCUUCGGUUAGUGGAACAGACACAAAUUCUGGUGGUUCUAUCAGCGUCAACGGAUAUGCUGUUACGGUCCCCAAGAAUAUGAUCGUGCAGUUCCCUGCUGCAUGGAUCCCUUGGAAGGAUGUUGCCACCGAUGACAAGCUGAAUGGCUACGAGGUCUCGGUCACCGGCAACGUUGUGAACGGCGUUGCGAUUGCAGGCCAAAUUCAAAUUUCACAGACUCUGCUGAACGCAGGCACCGGCGUCAUUGAAAAGGUCAAUAUUGGCAGCAAUUCUUUCAAGGUCGUGGGCGGACCCACUGUUGUUCUCAACGACCCCAACGGAGUCUACUCGAACGGAUACCCGGACAACCCUGCCUUUACGGCUGAUGAUGAGAACCCCAGCAUCACUGCUUUCUCCGGCUUCCCUAUGUGCAUUCCUAGGUCCCAGACGGACCCUCUGUGCCCGCUCACCAACCGGCCUGGCUCUACCAACCCCGGUGCAUCUACUUUUGCUGCUAUCGACCCUCUGGUCAUGGCACCCUUCAUCCCAGGCGACUACGUGGAAUGGUCUGGAAUUACUGUCGGUGGCAUUGUCUACGCCUAUGCCAUCGUUGCGUCCAACGUUCAGAUCACCACGGAUGGCAGCAAGGGCCAGCCGGUCUACAUCCGCAUGGAGGAUGCAAUCAUUGGUGUAGUCGACCCAACCACGGGUGUUGCGGCAAACAACGAAUUCGGUGACACGAGGUUUAUCGGGUACACUUCCGACUCCAACAACGCGGUUGCAGCGGUGACUAUUAACGCCAUCGACGUUGACCCCUGCACUGGUGAAGAAACCAACCGGCUUGUCGGCAGCGCUAGCCUGAAGGCCGGUGAUGUCCGUAACAAGUUCACCUGGCGUGCGGAUUCGACCGUCGCCACCAAGUACACCAGGGAGUACCGCAUCAUCACGGCAGGGGGCAUCAAGAACACGACCAACGGCAUCCUUGCCGGACAGUAUGUGCAACCGGUGACGGAGUGGAUCUUUCCCGAGCCUACCGUCCCUGGAAUCAAACCUCCGGCGCUCAACUUCAAUGUCUUCAACAACCUGGCCAACGGCAUCUUCCAGGACGACUUCAAGUUCGGCCAGCUUAGCCCCUGGCCCGGUGCUUCCGCCCCCAGCGUCGCCGCCUGCGCCGCACCCAAGCCCACAUCAGCGGCUGCAGCUUCCGCCGUGACGCCCAAGGUCAAUGUCGGCACUCCGGCCACCACCAUCCCCGGCGCGCUCGUCACGCUGGCCGCCAAGGACGACUCGGGCAACAACCCGUCCAUCCUGACCUACAGCUGGACCCAAGUGGACGGCCCCAGCGUGUCGCUCGCCCCGUCGCAGGUCACGGCCGCCUCGCUGAGCUUCACCGCGCCCGCGCAGGCGACGGCCACGCCGCAGGUCAAGCGCGUCUUCAAGUGCACCAUCUCGACGGGCAGCGGCACCAGUGCGCUCAGCGCCAGCGCAAACGCUACCAUCACGACCGACGCCACCCUGGCCGACACGGUCGUCAUCGACACAUACACGUGGACGACGCAGCAGGGCGGCACCAUCAACGUCGUCGCCCACACCAACGUCCUCUGGGACCAAACCACCACCCCCGCCGGUCCCAAGUUCACCCUCCAGUUCGGCACUGCUGCUGGUACUGGCUUCGCGAACAGCGGCAUCACCGGCGUCUACCAAGGAGGCGGCAAGUGGAGCUUCGGCGCUCGCAGCACGAAGCAGCCUGGCUCAAUCAAGGUCGUUUCGGAUCGGAAAGGCACCGCGCAGCUGACAUCGACGACGACGAGGAAGAGGAGUGCGGGUGGUUCUGCGAAGUUGAGGUCGAAGCUGGAUAAGGCGGAUAAGGAUGCCGAGGGAUCGGUGUAA